AUGGAAAAUACGUCAACAACAAAACCGGUCCGUAAACAUACGACACUGACAUUGGCAGAGAAGGUGCGCAUUAUCGAGGAAAUAGAAGGAGGACUCGGGACACACGAAUCAAUAGGUAGAAAGUAUGGUGUAGCUGGCUCAACCGUUACAAGAUUUUUGCAAAAUAAAUCUGCGCUGCGACUUAAAUUGGAACAGUACCAAGAACAUGGAAUAGAAAACAGAAAGACCAUGAAGGAACAGAGUUUUUCCUUAGUAGAAAAGGCCCUUUACGUAUGGAUCUUGCAACAACGAGAAGCUGGUAUUAUAGUUACAUCCGAAAUUUUGCGUGCAAAAGCUGCACUUUUAUUUGGUUUGAUUCAGGAACGUGGUGCUUAUGUGAAUCAAAACAUUACAUUUUCGGAUGGAUGGGCGAGACGUUUCAAACACCGUUUUGGUUUACGCGUGAAGCGUGUAGUUGGGGAGAAGGUUUCUGCUGAUGUAUUAGCUUAUUCAAACUUUAAACCCACUAUCGCGAUGAGAAUCGACUCCAUGCAACUCAAGGAAUCGCAAAUCUAUAACGCAGACGAAUCGGCCAUAUUCUUCAAACUAUUGGCAUCACGAACUGUAGUUAUGUCGAAUGAACGACGAGCUUACGGACGAAAAAUUAAUAAGACGCGCUACACCUUCAUGCCAUGUUGCAAUGCCGAUGGCUCCAAUAAGUUAAAGCUUAUGUUUAUUGACACAGCUGCCAAGCCACGUUCCCUGCCAACUAAUGAUAUGCUUCCGGUGGAAUAUUACCAUUCGAAGAAAGCAUGGAUGACGCGGGAGCUUUUCCGUACUUGGUUUUUUAAACACUUUGUUCCAGCUGUACGAACUUUUUCUACGCAGCAGGGAUUGGAGCCAAAGGCAUUACUCGUACUCGACAACUGCAAGACCCACUACGAUGGUGGUGAGAGAUUGGAAUCCGACGAUGGAUUAAUACAGAUUAUUUACCUUCCUCCGAACGUAACGUCUGAAUGUCAACCGAUGGAUCAAUCCGUCAUUAACGCUAUUAAAACAAGAUAUAAGCGCAAAUUAAUGUUGACUUUGGUACUGGAAAAUGAAAAUCUGCCCUUCCAAGACCGGCUGAAGAAAAUUACACUUCUGCAGAGCGUGAACUGGUUAUCAGAAGCAUGGGACGAAAUCACCCCGAGCACCAUCAGAAACUCCUGGAAGAAAUUAAUCGAUCCGGUUCCGGACGAAAAAAUGAAUACUGUGGAGCAGGUGGAAAAAAUGACGAUGACGGAUAUGAAGGCACUUGCGGCAUCGAUUGACGCUAGUGCAGGAACCAGUACCUCUGACACUGACCUGGAGUUGUGGCUGACAGACCAGGUAUACGACGCAGAUAAUAAUCCAGCUUGGAUUACGCAUCAGGUCUAUAGUGACGAAGAAAUUUCUAAUGGCCAUGUAGGCGUCAGUGAUCCUAUGUUCAAGAUCACGUGCGGCCGUAUCAAGUUCAGCGGGAGUGCGUAUGUCGAUUGA